AUGGCCGCUCCGCCGCCGGUGCUCACCCUGGCGGUGGAGAAGGGCCCGCGCGAGGGAGAGACCCGGCGAUGUCGCGCGGGCGCCGCGCUCCGCGUCGGCCGCGUCGUCUCCGGCAACGACCUCGCCGUGCGCGACGUGGGCGCGUCGCAGCGCCACCUCACCAUCGAGUUCCUCCCGCCUCCCGCGUCCCGUUGGGCCGUGUCCGACCUCGGCUCCUCCAAUGGCACCUUCAUCAAUGGUGCCCGCCUCCUGCCCUCCGUCCCCGCCCCGCUCUCCCACGGGGACCUAAUCAUCCUCGGUCAGUCCACCGUUCUCGCCGUGUCCAUCGCGCCUGAUUCGGAUGUGAAACCCGGCCCUAGGCGCUCCUCGCGCCGCGCGGCGGCGGUGGCUGUGGUGGAGGAGAAGCCGACCCCAUCCGUCACCCGCCUGAGCACACGGAAGAUGGUGGGGAAGAGGGCGGCGGCGGCGGCGUUGGAACCCUCCGAAACUGAGAAGGGAGGGCCGGAUGCAGCGGCAGUAGUGGUGGAGGAAGAGAGCCACCGGGUAGUUACACGUGGUGGCGGACGGAAGAAGGUGGCUGGAGCGGAGUCCGUCGAAGCGGGUAAGGAAGAGAUGGAGGAGGCCGCAGUGGCGACACUCUGCGAUAGGAGGAAGGCUGUGGAGCCCCCUGAACUGGAGAAUGCAGAUGAGCGGAAAGAGGAGAAGGCUGCGGUGGCAACACGCGGCAGGAAGAGGAAGAAGGCUGUGGAGUUCCCUGAACUGGAGAAGGCAGAUGAACAGAAAGAGGUGAAUGCCGCGGUGGCAACAUGCGGCAGGAAGAGGAAGAAUUCUGUGGAGUUCCCUGAACUGGAGACUGUAGAUGAACAGAAAGAGGAGAAGGCCGCAGUGGCAACACGCGGCUGGAAGAGGAAGAAGGCUGAGUCCUCUGAACCGGAGAAGGGAGAUGAGGGGAAGGAGGAGGCUGUGGUGGUGACAUGCCGUGAAGGGAGGGAGGUUGCAACGACGGUUGCUCCUCCGCCGCUGCCUCCAAAGCCAACGUCCAGAAGGGUCCAGGGAAGGGUCACAAGGGCUCGUGCAAGGAAGGCUGUUCUUGAGGAGGAGGAGGAGGUGGCUGCACCAAGAGAGAAGGAGAAGAGUGAGGUGGCAGCUGGGGAUGAAGAAGUGGAAGGGACUGCAAAUGCAUUGGAGGAAGUGCCUGUUGCUCAGAGGGGGCUGGCACGUAGAGUGCCAAAAGAGAUGACAGAUACUGAGUGUGUUGCUUCUGACAACAGGGGUAAGGAGAUAAAUGAAGGUGGAGGAGAGGAGGAGAAUGGAAAGAUGGAAGCAGUUAACAGUGGAGGAGAGUUAGAGGAUGAUGAGAAGGGUGAGAAGCAUACUGGGAGAAGCAGCCUGGAUACUAUUACAUUGCAGGAGUGGUUCGAGCGGAUGGAAAGGUACGUUCCAUGGACGAUCAAUGAAGCUGCUGAUGAGAUGAUAGCGACGCUGGAGGAGAAACAUCGGCGCAUCAAUGAGUACAUUUCAGUGCUCGGGAAUAGUUGCAAUCCUUCUCGAGAUUCAUGUAUAGUCAGGAAUGAUGGUCAGUCUACUGCAGGGUGA